AUGUUGUUUUGCUCCUCUUAGUUCAGUCACUCGGUGCGCGAUGUGUUACUCACUGUGCGGCGGGGACCGCGACGAGCCCGGGUCGCCGCUGGCAGCGGCAGCAGCAGCUUCGGCCCCGGGGGCGGCGGCGGCGGCGCGGACCCCGAGCGCCCGGGUGCACCUCGGCUUCCCGGAGCGCGGCGCGGCGGCAGCGGCGGCCAGGGCCCCGGUGCGGCGGCCGCGCGCGCCCUAGGCUCGGCCCCGCGGCGCGGGGACCCCCCCUCCGCCACCACCACCGCCACCUCCGACUCUCGGCCCGGCCGGCGAUCACCCGCCCCCUCCCCGCCCGCCAGAAGCCGGGGAGGCAGCGGCCGCGCCCGGCCCGGGCGUCCUCGAGCGGGCCCGGAGCGCGCGCGGGGCCUCCCCGGAGCCCCCCGCGGGACGCGCGCUCGUGCGGGCGGGGGGCAGGGAGCCGCCCCCGCCGCUCCGCGAUGGCCAGCCCGCCGCCGCAGGGGGCUCCCGGGCCGGCGGGCGGCGGCGAGGCCCCGAACCUGAACAACAACAACAACAACAACAACAACCAGGGCGUGCGCAAGUGCGGCUACCUGCGCAAGCAGAAGCACGGCCACAAGCGCUUCUUCGUGCUGCGCGGGCCCGGCGCGGGCGCCGACGAGGCGCCGCAGCCGCCGCGGCUCGAGUACUACGAGAGCGAGAAGAAGUGGCGGAGCAAGGCGGGCGCGCCGAAGCGGGUCAUCGCGCUGGACUGCUGCCUGAACAUCAACAAGCGCGCCGACGCCAAGCACAAGUACCUGAUCGCCGUCUACACCAAGGACGAGUACUUCGCCGUGGCGGCCGAGAACGAGCAGGAGCAGGAGGGCUGGUACCGCGCGCUCACCGACCUGGUCAGCGAGGGCCGCGCGGCCGCCGGCGACGCGCCCCCGGCCGCCGCCGCCGCCGCGUCCUGCAGCGCCUCCCUGCCCGGCGCCCUGGGCGGCUCGGCCGAUGACAGCUACGGGCUGCUGGCGCCCGCCGCGGCCGCCUACCGGGAGGUGUGGCAGGUGAACCUGAAGCCCAAGGGCCUGGGCCAGAGCAAGAACCUGACGGGCGUGUACCGCCUGUGCCUCUCGGCGCGCUCCAUCGGCUUCGUGAAGCUCAACUGCGAGCAGCCGUCGGUGACGCUGCAGCUCAUGAACAUACGGCGCUGCGGCCACUCGGACAGCUACUUCUUCAUCGAGGUGGGCCGCUCGGCCGUCACGGGCCCCGGCGAGCUGUGGAUGCAGGCCGACGACUCGGUGGUGGCGCAGAGCAUCCACGAGACCAUCCUGGAGGCCAUGAAGGCGCUCAAGGAGCUCUUCGAGUUCCGGCCGCGUAGCAAGAGCCAGUCGUCGGGCUCGUCGGCCACGCACCCCAUCAGCGUCCCCGGCGCGCGCCGCCACCACCACCUGGUGAACCUGCCGCCGAGCCAGACCGGCCUGGUGCGGCGCUCGCGCACCGACAGCCUGGCCGCCACGCCGCCCGCCGCCAAGUGCAGCUCCUGCCGGGUGCGCACGGCCAGCGAGGGCGACGGCGGCGCGGCGGCCGCGGGGAGCGGCGGCCGGCCCGUGUCGGUGGCCGGCAGCCCGCUGAGCCCCGGGCCCGUGCGCGCGCCCCUGAGCCGCUCGCACACGCUGAGCGGCGGCUGCGGCGGCCGCGCGAGCAAGGUGGCUCCGGCGCCGGCAGGGGGCGUCCUGCAGCACAGCCGCUCCAUGUCCAUGCCCGUGGCGGCCGGCCACUCGCCGCCCGCCGCCGCCACCAGCCCCGGCAGCCUGUCGUCCAGCAGCGGCCACGGCUCGGGCCCGCCCUCGCACGUGCCGCACCCGCUGGCCGCCCACCACCACCACCACCACCACCACCACCAGCAGCCCCCGGGCCAGCGGCCCUCCAGCGGCAGCGCCUCGGCCUCGGGCUCGCCCAGCGACCCGGGCUUCAUGUCCCUGGACGAGUACGGCUCCAGCCCCGGCGACCUCCGCGCCUGCUGUAGCCACAGGAGCAACACGCCCGAGUCCGUCUCGGAGACGCCGCCGGCCAGGGACGGCCCCGGGGGCGGCGAGCUGUGCGGCUACAUGAGCAUGGACAGGCCCCCGAGCCACUGCGGCCGCGCCUACCGCAGAGUCUCCGGGGACGGCGCCCCGGACCUGGACCGCGGGCUCCGGAAGAGGACCUACUCGCUGACCACGCCCGCGCGCCAGCGCCCGGCGCCGCCGCAGCCCUCGUCCGCCUCGCUGGACGAGUACACGCUGAUGCGGGCCACCUUCUCGGGCAGCGCGGGCCGCCUGUGCCCGCCGUGCCCUGCCUGCUCCCCGAGGCCGACCUACCAGCCGUACCCGGAGGACUACGGCGACAUCGAGAUCGGCUCGCACGGCGGCUCCGGCGGCCUCGCGCGCGCCGACGACGGCUACGUGCCCAUGACGCCCGGCGCCGCCCUGCUGGUGGGCGCGGGCGGCCGCGGCGACGACUACAUGCCCAUGAGCCCCACCAGCGUGUCGGCUCCGAAGCAGAUCCUGCAGCCUCGCGGCGCCGCCGCCGUCGCCACGGCCCUGCCGCCCUCGGGGGCGGCUGUGCCCACGCCCCGCGCCGCAGCAAGCCGGGCCUUCGCGGGGCCUGCGGGCGGCGCCUACAAGGCCGGCUCCCCGGCCGGGAGCUCCCCCGAGGACAGCGGGUACAUGCGCAUGUGGUGCGGCUCCAAGCUCUCCAUGGAGAGCGCCGACAGCAAGCUGCUUCCCAACGGGGACUACCUCAACAUGUCCCCCGGCGAGGCGGGCGCCGCGGGCACGCCCCCGGACUACUUCUCGGCGGCCUUGCAGGGCGGCGGCGGCACCGGCUACUGCCCCGGCUCCCUGCCCCGCUGCCACAAGGCCGCGCACCCGUGCGGCGGCGACCACUAUGUGCUCAUGAGCUCCCCGGUGGGGCGAAUCCCGGAAGAGGACAGGCUGGAGCCGCAGGCGCCCCCAGGGACCGCGCAGCCGGCCCGCGGCGCCGUCGAGGCCGGACACCCGCAGCCGGCUCCCCAGGCAGUGCCUUCGCCCCUGAGGCCGGGGGGCCGCCCGGAGGGCCCCCUGAGCGGGCGCUGCAGGGCGGUGCGGCCCACGCGCCUGGCCCUGGAGGGGCUGCACGCGCUGCCCGGCCCGCAAGAGGACACGCUGCCGCCCGAGCCCCGGAGCCCCGGCGAGUACAUCAACAUCGACUUCGGCGAGGCAGGCGCCCGCCUGUCGCCCCCGGCCGCCCCGCUGCUGGCGUCGGCGGCCUCGUCCUGCUCCCUGCUGUCUGCCAGCAGCCCGGCCUCCUCGCUGGGCUCGGGCACCCCGGGCACCGGCAGCGACAGCCACCAGCGCUCCCCGCUCUCUGACUACAUGAACCUGGACUUCAGCUCGCCCAGGUCGCCGCGGCCGGGCGCGCAGGGCGCGGACGCCGCGGGCCCCAUGGACGGCCUCCUGUCGCCCGAGGCCGCCUCGCUGUGCCCGCCGCUGCCCCCGCGCCCCUCCGCCUCCGCGUGUUGCCCGCAGCCGUCCGCGCCGCCGCCGCCCGCGCCGGGGGACCUGUACCGCCUGCCCCCCGCGCCGGCCGCCACCGCCACCGCGGCCCAGGGCCCCGGCGCUGCCACCCGGGCGCUCUCCAACGCUGGGGACAACGACGACUACACCGAGAUGGCCUUCGGCGUGGCCGCCACCCCGCCGCAGCCCAUCGCAGCGCCUCCGAAGCCCGACGGGGCCCGAGUGUCCAGCCCCACGUCCGGCUUGAAGAGACUGAGCCUCAUGGAUCAAGUGUCGGGCGUCGAGGCCUUCCUGCAGGCCGGCCAGCCCGCUGACCCACACCGGGGGGCCAAGGUCAUCCGCGCCGACCCGCAGGGCGGCCGUCGCCGCCACAGCUCCGAGACCUUCUCGUCGACCACCACGGUCACCCCCGUGUCCCCGUCCUUCGCUCACAACCCCAAGCGCCACAACUCGGCUUCCGUGGAAAACGUCUCUCUCAGGAAAGCCGGCGAGGGCGGCAGUGGCGGCGGCGGGGGUCCGGGCGCGGGCGAGGAGCCUCCCGCGUCCCCGCGCCGGGCGCAGCCGCCCGCUCCGCAGACGCAGACACAGGCGCGGCCGUGGACACCUGGCCUGCCCGCGGCGGGCCUGGUGGGCUGCCCGGGGGCCAGCGGCUCGCCCAUGCGCAGGGAGACGUCUGCCGGCUUCCAGAAAGGCCUCAACUACAUCGCCAUCGACGUGCGGGACGAGCCGCACCCGCAGGCGGCCGACAAGGGCGCCUGGAGCCGGGCGCGCGGCCUGGGCGGCCUGCUCAGUGCCGUGGGUGGCGGCGGCGGCGGCGCAGGUGGCGGGUGCGGGGGCCCCGGCGCGGGCACGCUGCCCUCAGCCAACGCCUACGCCAGCAUCGACUUCCUGUCCCACCGCCUGAAGGAGGCGGCGGCCGUGAAAGAGUGAAGCGCGCAGCAGAGCGGAAGCUGGCGUCUCCCGGGUCGGAAGCAGCUUGUCCUCCGUGUUGGGAUCUGAGCGGUGACCCUGCGAGCCGCCCACACCUCUCGCGCUCCCACGCGGGGCGUUCACCAUCGUGCUGUCCAUGUCCUGUUUGUUGUUGAUUUUUUAAGAAAAAAAAAAAAAAAACACAGAAUUAGCUGAAGGAGCAAUUCUCAAAGACCGUUGGAUGUUCCCAUUGGCUGCAAGACGUCAGGGCCAGUGUCUUAAUCUCCUUCUCACUUUGAUCUUGGCUCAGCAAAGGCGCCCCUCAGCAUGCUGGGAGAUUCUACCGACAGCCAUGGAAGUGGUAAAAUCUGGUGUUUCCUGGCACCCUCUCAAAGCUACCACAGUCCUACCUCAGUUCAAGGCUAAGCCGGAGCGGCGUGGCCGGGGCCGUGGCGGGGCGUGUGCCCCGUGUCCGACGCCAGGCACCUGCCACGUGCACCCACACACAGCUCAGCGGGGGACUGACGCAUUCCCACGGGAGUGAAAUCUGGGACUGGACUCUGAAGGGGGAUGGAUGAUGGUGACUGUCCGUCACCGCGGCAGCUGGGCUGGGGAGCGGGCCGGGGAGGGAAGGGCUGCUGUCUGCUCGUCUUUUCUGCAUCCGUGUGUCUGGCAGAGGCCUUUGGUUCUGCUCACCCGCACACACGUCUCUGCUGUCCUGAGCCGCGGGGCUCGCGUUUCUGUAACCAAAAAUCCACGUAGGCCUGCUCGCAAUUCAGGGGUGGCGCGGGUUUGGUAGACUUAAUUUAAAAAACAAACAAAAAAAUUGUAUUGUCUUUAUAUAAUGCUAUGAUGCUGGCCAAUGAGGCUGCCUUCUGAACAAAAAAAAAAAAGAAAAAAGAAAAAAAAGAAACUAAUUUAAAAAAAAAGCAUUCCAGCCCUUGCGGUAUUCAUGGAGAGAGAAAAGAAUCCCACGGUACGUGUUACUCGCCGGGAAGACCCCCGACAAGGCUGCCCUCGUUCCGUGUUUUCAGUCUCUGUAUCAGUGUUGUGGCAGUCACCACAGACGUCACCGGAACUGCUGAACUGGACCAGCAGAAUGUCCCGACACCUUGCUGCUCCCUGGGCACCGUCCGGAGGCGCACCCAGCCCUGCGUCCCCUGACCGUCACCUAGAGGUUACACUAAUCCAUUGGACAUGUGAGUGGUUGGUUGGUUUUUUGCUUUUUUGUUUUGUUUUCAUUUUGGAGAAGAAAUAUAUAUAUAUAUAAAUAGAUAGAUCUAUAUCACUAUAGAAUAAUGCAUUAAUAAAUCGAGGCUUCUGUAGAGAAACACCAAAAAAUCCAAUGUCUUAAAAAUGUAUUUAAUGGCAAUGCGAGGGUCUUGCUGCCGCCACUAGGAGCGGCUGGGACAGAGGCUUGCAUUGCAAGACAGAGCUGAAUGUACCGUGAUCCCCCUGGACACUCAAGGUUUCCCUUGUAGGAAGUCACACGUCACCUUGUUGGACGGAAGGCUGAGUUUGGUGUGUGGCAUCCUCUAUCAAGCUGUAUAGAAAGUCCCGACGUCUCUGUGUCGUGUGGGGACUGCGAAUCCGGGCGGGGGGCGGCUGCUGCCUGCCCGCCCCAGGUACGACAGGACGGAAUGUGUGCUUACUGUAGCCGUGACACUAGACAGGUGGUUCCCGUUCACCCUGUAACUUAAAGCAAGCAAAACGCGAAGGUGAUAAGAUGCUAAAUUCUCCUCUAUCCUGUACAUUUCAAAAAGAAAAAAAGGCAUAUGCAAUAUUUACAUUUUUAAUUUAGUUUACAGAAUGGAACCAAAAUGUAUAAAUGUUAUGUUUGCUAAAACUUCACGAUGUAUAUUGGGUCUUUGUACAUUUUGCCUGAUUUACCUUAAAUUUAAAAUAUUUUUUGCUAUAUAAACUUUAACAGUUAUUAAACAGUGUUUUCUUUUUGGGUACGUAUUGUUUCUGGAUAUCAAGAUGUUAAAUAUAUUUCUUGCUAUUGUGAUAUGACAAGAGACUUAACUUAUCUUGCUCUGUCUUCCACUGUACACGCUGUAUAUAGGGCCAGAGACAAGAAUAAACUGGACUAUCCUAGUGCAUUGUGUGUAGUUAUACUGACCAUGGACGCCGCCUUAUAGCCAUACGCAAUAAAUAAAAGACAUUAUUUAUGAAAUAAA